ACAUGAUUACAAUUAGUUACACUUGCUAUGGUUAACUUAAGCUACGCCAUACACUGGCAAUAAUAAUCUUACACCAAAACAUCCAAUGCUGCCUUUUCAUAAUAUCUUUUUAUAGUUUUGAAUGCCCACAUUUUUAAAUAUGCAUAUGAUCUUUCACUCUUUUAAUAAAGGAAGAUAUUAUUAAACUGUACAGACAUUUACUGUUUUUGUUAAUCAUUUGUAUCUUUUAAAAAGUAUUUAAAUCCAAUAAAAAAGGUUCCCUGUUGUCAGGAAAGAGUCAAACACAAAGAAAGGAUCUAAAAGGCCAUCAGGUGGCUGACAAGGUUACCAAAUGCAGAAAUUCUUGCUCUACAAUUUGCUGUUUCAGAAGACAAUAACAUAACACUUGAAACAUGACGUAUGGAUUAAAAUGAUGCUGUUUGGUAAAUCAAUACAAAAAAUGUACGCAAAAUAUUGCAAACUGCCAUUUGUUUUUCGAAUGUUUAAUAUACGAACGAGGACAUUUUUAUUAAAAGUAUUAUUAUUCACGGAAACAAAAUAAUGUGGUCAUCAUGUUCUUUGUGCCUGUAUUAUAACUAGCAUAAAUAAAUUGAUUUAUACAUGUAAAAAAUAAAGAUAACUGAAUUCCUUUUCGACUAACUUAUUUUAGAAGAACAAGAAGAGACGAGUAAACAUCUCUUUUAGUUUUAGACAUUAUCCAUAGCUUUGAUGGCAUUCUUUUUUAUUAUAUUACUCUUAUUGUUUAAGAAUCAUUUAAAUUAUAAAACACCAUCAUUUAUAUCUUCCAUUAACAGGUAUAAAAGGAACAAAAAUAGACCAUGCUGAUGGUUUUCUGAUUUGUCAGACCUUUUAAUUAAAAAUAAAGUUUAAUUUAAUGAUUUAGCUGGUGAAAAUUAGGGUUAAUUUGAGACCACCUUUGAAUGCAUCAUAGCUAUACAAUUGACCAAUGAGAAUAUUUAAGACUAAUCUUCUGUCCAGAUCGUUUUCACUUGUAAAGGAAAUCACCUGUAAAUUGAUUUGACCCACAAGCUUUACCCACACUGGCCAGUAGGGGCGCUAGUUUUCUAACGGACCUGCAGGGGGAGCGCAAGGAAUUCUGGGACUUUUAGUUCUCAGCAGAGGACGGUUGGCUUGAUAACACCGCGAAGAACAAAACGAGACAUUUACCACCGAAAAUAAAACACCAGCCUCAAUUUCAUCAUAAAUACAAGCUCUACAUGCUUCGAGUCCGGAUAAAUACCGGUGGAUUUAGCGGUCGUAAGAAGAAAAGCAGCUCACUUUUGGUGAAAAAUAAACAGGAAGUUGUUAGCGUUGUGGGACGUGUAGUUCCGCUUGUAGGCCACUGAGCUUCAUUACAACGCAUUGAAAAAAGAAACAACAAUUAAAUAAGCUAAACUUCACCCCGACGACCGUGCUCUAAAGCCUCGGUGUUGAAGCAAACAUGCCCGGUUUUACGUGCUGUGUCCCGGGCUGCUACAACAACUCGCACCGGGACCGGGACCUGCGCUUCUACACGUUUCCCAAAGACAGCACGCUGAGGGAGCUGUGGCUGCGGAACAUCUCCCGGGCCGGGGUCAGCGGCUGCUUCAGCACCUUCCAGCCCACCACCGGGCACCGGGUCUGCAGCGUGCACUUCGCCGGCGGGAGGAAGACCUACACCAUCAGAGUGCCGUCCCUCUUCCCUCUGCGGGGGGUCAAUGAGCGCAGGAGCCGGAGGGGCAGAGGCAGGAAGGUGUCAGCGGCGGGGGCUCCUGCACCCGGUGCCGCAGCCCACUCCGGGAUAUUGAUCUCCAGUGUGCUGGGCAGUGUGGCGGCGGAGGGAGCCGAGGGCACCACCGGAGGAGAGGCGAGUGAUGACAGCAGCAUCACCGUGGUGCAGAUAGGGCAGAACGGGGAGUACCUGGGCACGGCGCGGCUCCCCGCACAGACAGAGGGGACAUGUUACACGGAGCCCAUCACCGAGGAGUUCAUCGGGGACGACAUGUCGGAAACCGGGUCGCACCAGGCGAUCGUGCAGUACGUGAGUGUGACCAGCAGCCCGCUGGACCACUCGUACUCGCUGACCACCGGCACCACGUCGGCCGAGCUGCUGCGGAAGCUGAACGAGCAGCGGGACAUCAUCGCGCUGAUGGAGGUGAAGAUGAAGGAGAUGAAGGCGACCAUCCGCCAGCUGCGGGUCGCGGAGGCCAAGCUGCAGGAGGAGGUGCGCGAGCGGGACCGGCUGCUCUACGGGAACUCCGUGACCUUAAGCGUCCGCAAGAAAAUCUGAAGGGUGCAUAUCACCGGAGAGGACCCGUUACAGAAACAGACUAACGGAUAUGACACCGAUCCAACCCUAUUUUGUAUAAAACUACGAGCGAUGACAAUUUAUUUUCGAGAAGUAGAGCUAACUUUUCGUAGGCCUGUGUUGAAAAAGUUGACAGGCUAGUUCAUGUAGGCUAGCUUAUAUAUUAAUAAUAUUACACAUUUUAUUCAAUUAAACAAGAAUCAUAGUAUGCACAGACUGACAAGAGAGCAGGAUUAUACAUGUGUAACGUGACUGAUGAGGAUGCUCUCAACUGCCUAGUUAUGUAGAACGUUUUUCUUUUUAAAAGUUCUCUUAUUUCCUUACUUGAGAUUUUGAAUUAGGCGCUUGUAGCAGAAACAUCCAGUAGAUUUGCAGAGGUAAACUAUGCCAAGAUUGCGCAUCUAUAGGAUUUUCUGUAUACGAAACACUAUUCUUGGCACACUUAGGUGUUAGUCAAUGAAGUACAGGUCUACCAUGAUUUUAUCUGAGUUGCCUUUAAAGAUAACUUAGCUUUCCCUUGAUAUGUGUUGAUAUAAGACAUUUGAUCAUCAAGGAACAGACUUUAAGGGAUUCUUUAAAACUUGAAGGCACUCAAACAAUGUAAUCUUAUUAAAUGAUGUUUCUUGAAGACAUGAAUUAAGUUACAUUUGCUCAACGUUUUGUUUUUAAGGAAGUGAAGUACAAAGAAAAACAUUUUCUCAACAUAGUUUAUGCAACUUGAACAUGUUAAUGUCUGCGCCCAAGGUUAUUCUGUGAAGCAGCUCCUGCUUAUGUCAGUGUGAUUCAUGUGUGAUGUUUUUCACGCAGGAGUUUAGUGGCUGCAUUUCUUUGUCCUUUCAUACGUGUAUUAUGCACAGGAUGUUACCUACAUUUCAGAUUUUUGAACUUAGUUCACAGCUAUAUGCUCUGCUCCUUUUUUGAAGUACAUUUAAUUUUAAAAUAACGUUGAUUCACAUUGAAUAUUUCCAACUUCAUUAAGUUUGGCAUGAUUUUGUCCAGGCAUCAUCCCAGUAACACCGUUUUGCUUUCACCUUCAAGUGGAGAAGGUUUAAGCUCUCAGACACCUGUUAGAAGCUCUUGUUGGACUCUUUUUAGGAAAGAAGAGAUACAAAAAUAAUAUUUUACUAUACUAUAAUACAAUACUUUCAGCACUGUUAAGAAGUCAUACCAUUUUCAUCAUAUUUGAUACACCCUAAAUCACAUCAUAGACUUAUGAAGGGAAGGGAAUCAAACUUGAACAAAAAAACAUCAUCAUAAAUCCUUUAAAAAGUCAUUGUGUUUCAAAAGAUUUCUGAUAUCAUUGUGUUGAUAAUCUGAGAUAAUCAUUUCAGCGAGUGUACCACUACAGAGUAUGGUAUAAACCAUUGUUAUUGUUUUGACAUUUCAUAGUUUUGUAGCAGAUCUGACUUGCAGUAGAGUCUUGUGGUGAGAUGUGUCACAUGUUGCAGAGUGAUUUCCACCCUCUAGAUGGCGGUGACAUUAAACUGAGGAGCAGGAGGUUUAGCGCCGCUCUAUGGCCUAA